UGGGAUCCAUAACGGUCCCCAGUACCAGCGUGAAUCAGGGCAAGGGGGAUCUUAUUUUUAUCUGUCGUAACAGAGUGCGGGGAUGGCGGCGUGGCCGCCGCGCUCCCUUAAUUUAUGCCCGAGUCGAGAAGAGGAGCUGCAGCCGCCUGACUCGCAGAUUUGUAAUGAUGGGAUUGAAAUGGCCUGCCAGCAACAAAAGGCAUUUGUGAAGAGUUCUGUGGAAUGCAAAUGGAAUUUAGCAGAAGCCCAGCAGAAACUUGGCAGUCUAGCCCUGCACAACUCAGAGUCCAUAGACCAAGAGCAUGCCAAAGCGCAGGCAGCAGCUGCAGAGCUGAGGUAUAGUGAAGAAGAGUGGCGCCGGAAAGAAGAAGUGUUAAGGCAACGGGAAAGGCAGGAUCUGUGGAAUGUAGAUUUCGUUAGCAAGGAAGUAUUUAAUAAGAGCUUCAUUAAUCAAAAAGAAAGGAAAGAAAUGGAAGAAGAUGCAUCUGAAUCUUUCAUUCAGAAACAUGAGCAGAAGAUUAGGCAUUUUGGCAUGUUGAGCAGAUGGUUUGACAGUCAGCGAUUUCUGUCUGAACACCCCUACCUUGUCUGUGAAGAAACUGCUAAAUAUCUCCUUUUAUGGUGUUUCCAUCUAGAAGCUGAACAGAAACGAGCUCUGAUGGAGCAAGUAGCCCACCAAGCAGUUGUGAUGCAGUUCAUUAUUGAAAUGGCCAAAAGCUGUAAUGUGGAUCCACGAGGCUGUUUUCGUCUGUUUUUCCAAAGAACUACAAUGGGCGAAGAAGGCUAUUUGGAGGCUUUUAAAAACGAACUUGAAGCAUUCAAAUCAAGAGUGAGAAUUUGUUCGCAGUCCCAAAAUUUUCAAGCAAUGUCUGUUCAGAAUCCUUCCGUUCAUACCAGCCUCAAUUCUAUAGGAGGGUUUACAUCUUUUACACAGAAUGCAGAGUCGCUUCAAGGCUGUAGUGGGAAUUCAGUGGUACACAGGGAUGAGGAAGAACCCAAAAUGAUGGAUACCGUAUAGUACUCCUGAGCCCAGCUGCUCUUAUUGCAAAGAAAAGAACAUGCUGACUUUAUUGAGACUUCUUUUUAAGGGUGCUGCACUUUAGUUUGGCUGUUUUUUGGAGAGAGGGUAAUCCAGAAACACACUUGUCCUUCGUUUGGAAAAUGUGCUGCUAGGGUUUUUGUUUUCUUUUGUUUGUGUUUUAGGAGAGAGAUUCUUAUCUGUCGCUGAAUGUGAAACUGGAGGUUUCUUCUGCUACUACUAAACUCUGCCCUUUUUAAUUUUAGGAAUCAAAUUAUGGGGGGAAAUCUGCACAGUUGCAAUGUUUACAAGUAGUUAAUCCUAGGAGGAAUCUGCUUUAGUCUUAUUAGACAUGCCCAUGUCUCACUCUGGAUUUUGAGAUCAUUGUUAUACAUUCUAUUGCUUGUAUUGUGAGCACUCAAAUCUGAUUUUAUCAUGAAUAGCAAUAAAUCAGUGGUUGCUAGCAACAUUGCUGAUUUGGAUGGCGGGGGGGGAGCACUGGCCUUUUAACUCUGUUGCCAGGAUGACAUAUUAAUUUUCGGCUUUGGGCCAAAGGCUUUUAUUUUUUGUUUUGACAUUACCCUAAUUUGAUGUGCAAGUGGCAACAGUUGCCCAGACUUGAAUGUGAAAACAAUAUUUUCUAGAGCUAUUGUUGCAGGAAAGCUAAUUUUCCUAGAACAAGGGAAUGGUUUAACACACAUCUGCCACUGGGCAUUCAGAAGGGAAGAGAAAUCAGCAUUAGCUGGUUACUUUUGUACCCAAAGAGUGAUUGUGAUAAUUUUUUUUAAGUUAAGAUAAGUAUUUAAGGGAACUUAAGUGCCAAAUCCAAACAAAACUUUUUAAAAGCAAACUGUAUUGAGUGUGAAGCUUAAGGUUUGCCUCAGCAGGGCAAGUCUCCAGUUGAUAAUGUAAAAUGAAAACAUCUCCAGCACCCAAAGAAUUUGUUUUAUCAGUUCCUGGUCCUAGAGUGUUUUCCAUAUACACCAAACUCUGUCAUCUUUACAUGAAAAUUGUUCUCAUGAUUCCAACAGGAAGUCACCGCCAUCUUCCACCCUUCUGCAGUUGCCAUGCUGCAGCUAGACAGGCUGAAGACAUGAAUGGGUUGUUGCUGUUUAGUGACAAUGCAGUUUCAGCUCUCGCAGGGGGCAUGGGUGUGAUCCAUCCCAGAAUCAGGGAGAGAUAUGCUAGAUUUUAAUCUGAAACUUGUUUGCCUCGGUUCCCUUGUUCCUUACUUAAUCUGGUGGAAAUGGCAGCCCAUAGGGAAACCUACCAUUGGAUUCCAGAGGAGUUAUAUAAGUGCACGAUGUAGAACUGUGUGUACAAAUGAACUGUUAUCUGUAGACUUCCUGGUGCCAGGAAGUGAAGCUUUAAACAAAAAAAAAUGGACCAGUGGCUUGCCUAUUUAGCAGUAGGAGCUGAAGUAGAAGAAGGUGUAACUAAGAAUCGGGGUGUAGACAUUAUUUUCUCAGUAUGUACAUAAUUGCUUUAUAUUCUGGUCUAUGCAGAAAACAGUAUUUUAACAUACCAGCUAAACAAACAGAACCAAGUUGAAGGGGGGGCACAUUCCCCUAGGCAUUACUUACUAUUUAUAACUAAUGGGCAGUGGCACUGUUGCUAGAUAAACUGUCCUUUCUUCUGUACCCUGACUGUCAAUGAGGCUCGAAGUAUGAAGCAAAAUCAUCCUUAGCAUGUGUCCAGUCCACAUUCUGUAGUUGAAACAGUUUCUUUGGAUGUCCCAAAAAGAGGAGAUAAGACGUUCACUUAGCUGAAAACAUUUUUACUUUAAGGGAUCAGACACUGAGGCGCAAGAGAAUGGCCUAAUCUUCACACAAAGUUCCAACUUUGCUAUUAAAUAUGUGGUUCUUUGCUUUCCAGCUGUUGUAAUGACAUCACUUCAGAAUAUGGUUUCUAAUCAUUAGAGCCCUCCUAGUUUCCACCUUCAUAUAUUAAAUG